CGAAAUGUUUGAUGCGGCUUCAGCUCGAAGUUACCAUCUUUUAUUCCCUUAUACAAAAUACACAACCAAGUGUUUGUCUUUCAGAUUCUCACAAUGUCUAUCUUCGUUUCGAUAGGAUUUAUUCUGAAGCAUUGAUUGCUAUGAUGGCAGAAACGAGAAGCUCGUCACAAUUCCCGAGCUAAUGACUGUGAAUUACGGAAAUCACUGAGCUUGCUUAAUAAGUUACGACUAGUUAUGACUAGCUGCAGAAUAAUUGACAGCUGAGUUUUGACAUAAGGAAUCUGUUCUGUCAUUAUAAGCCUGUUUUCCCUAAUUAAUUUUUUGCCUGGUCGCUUCCAAUUUAUUGUCUCUGGUUUUCAAAAUAUAAUCCUGUGCAAGUCAGGUUUAAUUUGGAAAUCGUAUGCUUUCAUUAUUAUUCAUCUCUAUUAUUGAAAACGAGCGCCUGAAACAUUUGCCCUUAGAUUUUACUUCCAGUUAUCUGUCUUCUUUCUCCGUCUCUUCUGAACUGAAGUGAAGUGAAGUGAGGUGCCUUAUUUGAUGCUAGGAUGGGUGCUAAGUUGUCUUCCAUCCUUUUCAAAGGGAAGGAGAUGCGCAUUUUGAUGGCUGGCCUGGACAACGCUGGAAAGAGUACAGUGCUGGCGAAGAUGGCGAACAGAAACGAAGAGGUUCAGACCACAGUGGGCUUCAACGUGGACAAGGUGAAGGUGGGCAAAGUGACAUUCAACGUGUGGGAUGUGGGGGGUCAGGAUGCGGCCAGACCCCUGUGGAGACACUACUUCGAGGGCACCAGGGCUCUUAUCUUCGUGUUCGACUCCACAGACAGAGCCAGACUGCAGUUGUCGCUGAAGGAGCUGAAGAAUCUCCUACAAGCGGAACAGCUCACCAGGUGUCCCCUCCUGAUUCUGCUGAACAAGCAAGACUGUGCGGACAUUCUGACCAGAGAUGAGUUGGUGGAAGCAUUGAGUAGUCUGGAUAGUGAGUUGAGCACAAGGGACUACUUGGCCCAGCCCACAGUGGCCACAGACGGAAUAGGACUCUUAGAGGGCUUCAAGUGGCUGGCCAACACACAACACACCACAUCCAACACCUCCUCAUCGCGACACAAAAAGAAACAGAAGCAGAGAGAAAAGUAGCAUCACCUUCGUCCUCCUCAGUAGUCGAUACCAGAAACAGAUUUAGUUAUACGUACUUGGAUUCAGAUGGCACCAACUGCUCAUUUUAAUUGUCUACACAAAUUGAGGGGGCCAUUAUCUAUUUCGAGUACAUUAUUUGCUUAAAACUUAAACAUAAUCAAUGUCAAGAUAAAUGAAUUGUAAUUUUUGCGUUUAGUUUUC